AAAAAUCUUUUCUGUGUAUUUUGCUUUCUUCCCAAAUUCACCUCAGGUUCCUCUAUCUUUAUCUCUUUGUAAAUAUAAAAAAAAUUGAUUUUUUAGCUUAUUAGUGUAUAUUGUUCACAAAUCUAAGACUUUUCUAUUAGGAUAAUCUUAUUUGUGUGAAAUCUUUUGGGGUUUUCCUUUUUUUUGUGUAUAUUUUGAUUUGGGUUUGGGUGGGUUGCUCUUAUCUUUUCUUUUCCUUUAAGUAAUCUACUUAUUACGUGUUGAUUCUUGAAUUGGCGUGUUGUGGACGAAAUUUGGGUUGUAUUGUGUUAUUUGUUGGUGGGUAUUGAGUAAAGUUUGGAUCUUUAUUGUUAAAAGGGUUGCUUUAUUUGUUCCCUUUUGUCCCUUUAGUUCUGUGGUGAUUUGGGGGAGUUUGAAAGUUUGAAAGUUCAAUUGGGUUUGUGGGAUUUGUUGAGAUUGUGUUAAGUUGGGGUGAUUUGAGAGGUUUUGUGGUGGAAAGUUUGAUUCUUUGAAGUUAAAGAUUUGGUGUUGUUGGGGUGGAAGAUUAGUUAGUGAGGAUGGUUGAAUCAAUUGGUGCAAUAUCACUUUUAGGGAGGGUGCCAGUUUAUGGAGUUAAUUGUAGCAAAGAUGUGUCGAGUAAACGGAAGUCGAUUGAUGUAUGUCGAAUACCUUCUGCUGAUUUUCUUGGCAAAAAGCUUGUUUGUGGUUCUAAUUUACUGAGAUUAAGAGGUGAUUGUGUGAGGUUUUCGUUGAUUAGAGGUCAGGCGAUGGAAUUGACCAAAGAGGCAUUUUCGUUCAGAGAGGACGAGAGAAUAUCUAAAGAUUUCCGUUAUAGGAUUGAGACUGAUGUGGAUAAAAAGCCAGGGAAAUGGCCACCAACGAAUAAAGCUGAUAAUCCAGCUCUUCAUAAUCCAUUGCUUAGACAAGAGAGGAUGGGCUGUGGAUGGUUAGCAGCUAUAUUUGAAUGGGAAGGUGUGUUAACUGAAGACAAUCCAGAUCUUGAGAAGCAAGCGUGGUUAGCUCUGUCUCAGGAAGAAGGAAAAUCACCGCCUCCGGGUUUUAUUUUGAAGAGAAUUGAAGGAAUGAAGAAUGAGCAAGCGAUAUCAGAAGUUCUCUGCUGGUCAAGAGAUCCUGUUCAAGUGAAGAGAAUGGCUACUCGGAAGGAGGAUAUUUAUCAAGGUCUGCAGGGGGGAAUUUAUAGCUUCCGACCUGGAUCACAGGAGUUUGUCAGUACCCUGAUGCACUACAAGGUGCCAAUGGCUUUAGUGUCUACACGCCCAAGAAAGUAUGUCGAGAAUGCAAUUGGUACCAUUGGCUUUGAAGGGAUUUUUAGUGUAAUUGUAGCUGCAGAAGAUGUUCACAGAGGGAAGCCUGAUCCGGAGAUGUUUGUCUAUGCAUCACAGCUUCUACAAUUCAUACCAGAGAGGUGUAUUGUGUUCGGGAACUCAAAUCAAACUGUGGAGGCUGCACAUGAUGCUCAGAUGAAGUGUGUCGCUGUUGCCAGCAAACAUCCAGUGUAUGAGCUUGGUGCUGCUGACUUGGUCGUGAGGCACCUUGAUGAGCUCUCAAUCAUUGACCUAAAGAACCUUGCUGCUGUUGAGCUGACUGAAUUCGGAUCCCCUGAACCAGAAUUGGAGAUGGAAGAAGAGGAUGAUCCUUAUCCUCCAUCUGCAGUGGCCGUUGAUGAUGGUUUCUGGUAACAUCUCCCCAAUGUACAGUAGUCGCGCUUAAUAAUAUUCAAAUAGGAUAUAGAAAAAUGUAAAACUAAAAUGCAGGGCAAGAAGUGUAUCAGAAGGUGGUCUACAUUGGGCUGCCAUCAAUCUGACUUUGUAUGUGAUAUUUGUAUUAUAUAUAUGUAU